AUGGGGGCCAGACUGCCCCUCUUCCUCCUCCUGGCCCUCCUGGGCAGCUCCCAAGGAGCAGGGCCGGGCCUGGCUUUGCGGCUGAAGCUGAAGGAUUCCUUUCUGGCAAAUGCGUCCCAUGACUCGGGCUUCCUGGAGUUGCUCCAGAAGCUCUGCUUCCUGCUCCGCCUCCCACCAGGGACCCGCAUGGCCCCCCGUCAGGCAGGAGCCCACCACGUCACCUGCCCAGGCUGA